AUGCUCGAUACAAAAAAUGUAAAUGAAGGACUAACAACUGCUUGUCUUGGUAUUCCACCAACGAUCAGUGAAGCGAUUGAUAUAAUAAAAAAUUCAGAUGAAGGCGAUGAAAUUGAAAGAACUUAUAUAACAACCGCUUGUUCUCGUUGUAAGAAACGUCAUAUAAAAUGCGAUGACCAAAAGCAUUCAUGCCAUAACUGUGAAGAAAAGGGUCAUAUUUGCAUUCGUAUUCCGCCGAAUGUUUCGUGUGGCCGUCCCAAGAAGAAAACUAGAAAACCUAGGAUAAAACGAUUGAACAAAUUUAACGAUGUCAUGAAAGAUUUACUCAACCAUGAAGGCGUUGGUGUUGACGGAAAUAACAAUAACAAUAAUAGAUUGACGCCCUCCUCAUCUUUUCAAAGUACAUUGCCAACACCUUCAUAUUCGUUCACAUUUUCGCAUGAUACUUACGACAUUAACAAUAACAAUACUGUCAUUCGAAGUAGCAACUUGACUGAUUCACCAAUUCAAGCUCCGUUCAGCUUUUUUGACAUCCCCAAUCGAUACAAUGUACACCAAAUUCAGAUUCAAAUUCCACCUGAAAACAUUAGUGAUUUUGUGCUUGGUCCUAAUGCAUUAACUACAAAUGUUGAUCUUGAUAUAGUUAAUGAUAACUAUGGAGGUGAAGUAGAUCCAAUACUAUUCCAUCAUUUGUUAAUGCACGGUUCGUUAGAUUCAUUCAAUAGUUCUACACCAAUAAAUAAACAAUAUGUGGAUUACUUGAAAACAGUAUCUAUCUCAAAUGCAAAUAUAGCAAAUGUUGGUAAUUACCAACUCGAUGCUUCUCCUAUUGAUGUAUCUCAAGUUGGAAAACCAUUUAUUGGAGAGCAGGGUCCUCCUUAUUAUAAUCAUCAUCAUCAACAAUAA